AUGGGCAUGGCUUCGCGAUGGAUGCCGCGGCCAGAAGAACCGAACGCGGAAGCUCCGCCGUUGCGCUUUGGGGGACCGCUCUUGAUGCAGCUUGUGCGGUAUCUCCCGCUGCUGAUGAGGCUGCUGGCCCACCUGCCAGGGUUCACUGCAGGCUUUAUCCUCACGUGCCUCUUCUUCGCCGUCGUUGGGCGCGACACGCUGAGAAAUGAGUACGCACCGGUGGCAGGUUUUCAUGUUGUGGCGCUGAUGUUGCUGCGGGAGCUUGUCGCACCGUGGCGUGAGGGAAAAAAGAAGGCGGCGUUUGUGCGACAGCGCGUUGCAUCGCUACGCUCCUUUGCGGAUGAUGUGCAGCUGCAGUGGCGCGAUGUACUAGACUGA